AUGUCUACGGUCCGAAACAUCCGCGCCCUCGCUCCCCUGCUGGACCGUGUGCUCGUCCAGCGCGUCAAGGCCGAGGCCAAGACGGCCAGCGGCAUCUUCCUGCCCGAGUCGAGCGUCGAGAAGCUCAACGAGGCCAAGGUCCUCGCCGUGGGCCCUGGAGCUUUGGAUCGAGAUGGCAAGCGCGUCCCCAUGAGCGUGGCCGUCGGCGACCGUGUCCUGAUUCCUCAGUCUAGCAUGAUUCAGAAGCGAGGUUUUGGUGGCUCGCCUGUCAAGUCUGGCGAGGAGGACUACCAGCUGUUCCGUGACAGCGAAAUUCUCGCCAAGAUCAACGAGUAA